AACACCAUCGCUACCAUGUCCAACAACGACAAUGCGAUGGCCCGCUUCCUGUUCGCAAUCCUGCAGCAGAAAUGCCUGAAGGAUGUAAGUGAGCCGCAGAUUCCGACCUAGGGUGUAGGGGGCGAGGAGUGACGUGACUGACCGUUCCCCUUCUAGAUCGACUGGAACAAGGUGGCCCACAACCCGAUUCUUGCCCAGGAGAUCACCAACGGCCAUGCCGCUCGCAUGCGAUACUCGCGGUUCCGCGCCGCUAUGCUAGGCCUGGAGCCGCAGCGCCGGAACCGCACUGCUAAUUCCGGCAACAAUAACAAGAACCGGGUGUCCAAAAAGAAGAAGGACGACGGCCCCAAGCCGAAGAAGGAAGACGACGAGAAUGUCAAGAGCAGCGGCAGUGGGAUUGGAAAUAUCAAGACUGAAAAAACGACGACGGGUGCCGCGGUGAAAUCCGAGCGAAGGGGCAGUUCGCAGGAGUUACCCGGGCCCUCUCAGCCAUCGGCACCGAUGGCAACUCCAGUUAUGAUGAAGGCCGAGCCUGGCUUCGUCAACCCCUUCAACCAACACCAAAAUCGCCUACAUCACGACUCGCUUCUUUCUAGCGGCUCGCCUCGGGUCAAGCCGGAGAAAUUCAUGACUACGGCCUCCGCUAACAAUAAGACUAACUCGGUGCCCGAGCCCACUCCGUUCGGGAUCCUCGCCACAGUAAUUCCUACGACUUCCCCCUCGGUAUCCUCCACCCCGUACAUCGAUGGCAGCCACCAUCGGAUGCAAGGGCGGCUCCCGACACCCUGCAGCGACUCCGACGGCACCAUCGCCGGCAUGCAUGACUUUGUCUCGCACAGCCCGCCACCCGCCGAGCUGCUUCACCACAGCCAGCAUCAUUCGCACCCCCUCCAUCACCACCACCACCACCACGUGGUAGGUGCCGGAUCAUCAUCCCCGUUGUCCACAUCUGGCCCCCAUUCGUACGACUUCUCCCAGCACCAGUGCUGCGACAUCUCACCAGGCAGUUUUCCCGGGUCAUCGUCGAGCCCCUGGCACUCCCAGCAUCAACACCACUCCCAGCAUGGUCACGGUCCGUCGCAGGCGCAGACCCAGGCGCAGACCAUGUUCUCGCCCGCCGCACCCGGCUUUGACCUCGGGCUCGGGCUCAGCCUCGGACUCACAACAGGCUCUUACACUCCGGAAACGGGAUUCAACAAUAACAGCAACAUUAAUGAAAACAACAACAAUCCCAUCUGUGGCAGCUAUCAUGACAACAUACACCUACACCACCAUCAUUCUCUCUGCCACGAUGAAGAUGGACAUCAUGUGAUGGAUGAUCCACUUGGUCUACAUGGUGUUGGUGGCGCCGCUCCAAAUAUGUUCAGAGAGAGAGCAAUGGAGUUGGAGUUGGCGGGUGGGAUGAUCAGCGACACGGCCGCCGCCGCCGGCGUCGACGCCGGCGGGACAGCGAGGCAAGUCAAGAGAGAGUGGGAAGGUGAGGGCAAGUUCACGAUUUGAUGCGACGUCGCAGUUGUUGAGUUGCCAUGAUUACUGGCCCUCGCAGUCUGUUUGGUUAUGGGGCAAACGAAACCGGGUCUUUUUUAUUGGUUCAGCCAGAGGGAGUUGUUCGGUUUGGUUAUCACGUCGUCGUCAUCCCCAGCGGCGUCGCUUCCUUCUAUGUCCGUCUCCUACGACUGUUGCCCCCUUAACCUGCAUGGGAUCGCUUUUGGCUCAUCUCUAUGCGUGUUUGAUCUGCGGUCGAUUGUAUCUGGAGGAAACGGGACUUCGAGUUGUUGAUGGCACAUCUGGACUUGGAGUGUAAAACAUAGUAAUAGAUAUGGCAAAGGUACGACGAACACACCGUGUCUUAAGUCUUGGUUAAGGGGCGGUAUGCUUUACCGUGAGCGGGUGAUAUACUGGUCAGUAGCCAUGUCGCAUCAGACCUGGAGCCCUUCUACUGAUACUGAAGAGCUGCCAUGACUUUCGAAGAUUCAACCCACCUGGGUUAUUCAUACAUCACUGGUGUAAAUGAACACCAAACCAAUCAAAG